AGCCACCUCGUGCGUAUUUCCGGUGCGCUGGCGUUGGUGAGGCCAGCCCGGAGGCCGGGUUUGACAGUCCGGGAGUGGUCUCUGCUAACCGGUUCCGCAGUUCCUGCCGAUACACGAAGUUUCAGGCCACCUCGGCCCAGCGGCUGGGCAGGAUGCGCCUGGGCUCCGGGGCCUUCGCUGCCAGCUGCGUAGCGAUUGAGGUUAUCGGGGUCGCGAUAUUUAUUCGGGGAUUCUUCCCGGCUCCUGUUCGUUCUUCUGCUAGACCAGAGCACGGUGUAGAAACCCCCGCUCCCGAACCGGUAGCAGGAGCCAGUUCCAACUGGACCAAGCUGCCGUCACCUCUCUUCAGUAAAGUUGUUAUCAUGCUGAUAGACGCCUUAAGAGAUGAUUUUGUGUUUGGGUCAAAAGGUGUGAAGUAUAUGCCGUACACAACUUACCUGGUAGAAAAAGGAGCGUCUCAUAGUUUUGUGGCUGAGGCAAAGCCACCCACAGUUACUAUGCCUCGAAUCAAGGCAUUGAUGACAGGGAGUCUCCCUGGCUUUGUUGAUGUCAUCAGGAACCUCAAUUCUCCUGUGCUUCUAGAAGACAAUGUGAUAAGACAAGCCAAAGCUGCUGGGAAAAGAAUGAUCUUUUAUGGAGAUGAAACAUGGCUUAAAUUAUUCCCAAAGCACUUUGUGGAAUAUGAUGGGACAACAUCAUUCUUUGUGUCAGAUUAUAUAGAGGUGGACAAUAAUGUCACAAGACAUUUGGAUAAAGUAUUAAAAAGAGGAGACUGGGAUAUGUUAAUACUUCACUAUCUAGGGCUGGAUCACAUUGGCCACAUUUCUGGGCCCAACAGCCCCCUGAUUGGUCACAAGCUCAGUGAAAUGGACAGUAUCCUGAUGAAGAUUCACACGUCACUGUUGUCGAAGGAAAGAGAGAAUCUCUCACCCAGUUUGCUGGUUCUCUGUGGUGACCAUGGGAUGUCUGAGACAGGGAGCCAUGGGGCCUCUUCCACAGAGGAAGUGAGCACACCUCUGAUCUUAAUCAGCUCUGCAUUUGAAAGGAAACCUGGGGAUAUUCGACAUCCAAAGCAUGUCCAGCAGACCGACUUGGCUGCAACCCUAGCAAUAGGACUUGGUUUGCCGAUUCCUAAAGACAGUGUAGGGAGACUCUUGUUUCCAGUUAUAGAAGGAAAACCAAUGAGAGAACAGCUGAGAUUUUUACACUUAAACACAUUACAGCUUAGCAAAUUAUUGCAAGAAAACGUUCCAUCGUAUGAAAAAGAUCCUGGAUUUGAGCAGUUUAAAAUGGCAGAGAGAUUGCACAGAAACUGGGUCAAACUGCACUUGGAAGAAAACCAUUCGGACAUUCUGCUUGGCCUGGGGACCAAGGUACUCAGGCAGUACCUGGGUGCCCUGAAGACCCUGAGUCUGUCUCUGAGUACACAAGUGGCUCACUAUGACAUCUACUCCAUGGCAGUAGGGACUGUCAUGGUUUUGGAGGUUCUCACCCUGUUCCUCCUUAGCACUCCACAUGUGCUGUGCAGAAAGGCUGAGCUGGAUGUUCCUCUGUUGUCUCCUGUGUUUUCUCUGCUCUUUUAUUUGAUAUUUCUGGUUCUUUCGGCCAUCCACGUGCUGGUAUGCACCUCGUCUGAGAGCUCAUGCUACCUCUGCAGCCUCCCGUGGCUGGCAGCAGGGGGUGUGAUGGUGCUUGUCUCUGCGCUGCUGUGUGCAGUUCUGUCUGCUCUUAUCAGGAUGGUCAUCGAUGGCACUCUGCUGAAGAAGAGUGCAACUUAUCCCAGCUCAGGAUGGUCAGAGGUGGAUGUCCUCCUUCUUCUGGGCACAGUGGGCCAUGUUCUGAGCCUGGGAGCCAGCAGCUUUGUGGAGGAAGAGCAUCAGACCUGGUACUUCCUUGUUAACACUCUGUGCCUGGCUCUGAGCCAGGAAACCUGUAGGAGUUACUUUGUAGGAGAUAACUGUGAACCUCAGCAUCGCUUCCAUGUGGAACAAGGAUGUGAGGACAUACUUGCCUGCACCCUGAAGGACAGUACAAGCUGUAAUACCCCUAAGCCUGACAGAACAAGUAAAGGGGUCUCCCUUUCUCAAGCACAAGAAAGCUGCAAAUGGUGGACAGUGCUGGCAAGUCCAUGGCUGGUGCUGAUCUGCUGUCGGCUCCUGAGGUCCUUGAACCAGACAGGGGUGCAGGGAGCCCAUCGGCCUGAUCUCAGCCACUGGCUUACCAGCUCUGACCACAAAGUGCAGCUCUCAGGCCUGGCUGCCCUUUCUCUGGCUGUGAUCUUCAUGUUGGUUCAAAAGGGAUGCUCCCUUGUGUCCAAGGCAGCCUUAGCACUGGGCUUGCUGGGUGUCUUCUGCUACAGGGCAGCCAUUGGAAUUGUGCUGUUCCCAUGGCAACCAGAUAACAAAGGCAUUUCAAAGGGUAUUAUUGAAGCUCGUUUUGUUUAUGUAUUUGUCCUUGGCAUUCUGUUCACGGGCACCAAAGAGUUACUUAAAGCACAAGUCAUUGCAAGAGACUUCAAAACCAAGACUAUUGGCUUGUGGGAGAUACAUAGUGGACUAGUUCUUCUGGCAGCAUUGCUCUUGAGACCACAUAAUCUCCCAGUGUUAGCAUUUAGUCUCUUGAUUCAGACUAUAAUGACUAAGUUCAUCUGGAAGCCCCUGAGACACGAUGCAGCUGAGAUCACUGUAAUGCAUUAUUGGUUUGGUCAAGCAUUCUUCUAUUUUCAGGGUAACUCAAACAACAUUGCCACCAUUGACAUUUCAGCAGGCUUUGUGGGCUUAGAUACCUACAUGGAAGUUCCAGCCGCAUUCCUCACAGUGUUUGGAACAUAUGUGGGGCCUGUGCUCUGGGCCAGCCACCUUGUGCACUUCAUGAGCUCAGAAGCAAGCAAUGGUUCAGCACUGAGCCGCGCUUGCUUCUGCUAUGCACUCAUCUGUUCUGUUCCAGUUGCCACAUACCUUGUUCUGGUGACAUCUCUGCGCUAUCACUUAUUCAUAUGGAGUGUAUUUUCUCCAAAGCUUCUCUAUGAAGGAAUGCGUCUGCUCAUCACGGCUGCCCUUUGCGCAGUCUUCACUGCCACAGACCAGACUCGCCACACGAGGGCUCAGGUGGAGACAGAUACUUGGAGCUGACGUACUUUUCAGUCACUGUAUCAUGGAUUGGAAUAUUGAAACCGCCUCCAUUCAAGAUCAUUCUGGGGGUUGGGGGGGAGGUGUGAAGCCUAUGAAAUUAGUGGAUAACUUAAUUUUACUUGGAUUGAAAUUAAAUAGUACAUUAAUAAAAGACCACUUUAAAUAUUUAAGUAUCAAAUUUUCCCUAUUUACAGUCACUCUGAGAUUUUAAUUUUCUCUGGGUGAGUUGUGACUAUAUAUGUUUAAAUUGAUGGAAGCAAAGUUCUGGACUUUAUCAAAAUAUGUAUCUCAGAGAGCCCGGGAGCCCUGUGCGAAAAGGUGUGCCUGCUAGAGGGCCUUCAUCAAAGAUCUCACACUCCUAAGAGCUCUUAAACCAGAGGUCCCAAAAUGUUUCAGUUUAUGUGGGUUAUGUUUAUCAAUGUGGAUAGCAUUUAGAUGAAAAAUAAUCAUUUCAAGACAUUGUUUAUUUAAAAAUGAUCUGUUGGUGGACAAUGUGGAACCUACUUGCUUAAUACCAGUACUUAAAAAGGCAAAAUCAAGAAUAUUAUGAUUUCCAGACAGCUUGAGCUACAUAGGAAUACCUUGUCCCAACUCCCACCUCCAAUAAAAACUACUGCACAUUAAUAUAACAAAAUAACUGUUUUCCAAAAAGAAAUUUAAUGAGAAAAAUAGCAUUGUUUUUAUGUUUUUUUGCAGAUGUCUUAAAUGACCCACUUAAUUGAAGAUAGUUGGAAUCUACAUUUGAUCUAUUGUAAUUUAUGUUUGGAAAAUAAGAAAACCAACCUCACUCAAACCUGUGGUUGGAAAAGUGUGGAGUAUACUGCCUCUUCUCUGUAAGCUUAAACAUUGUGCUUUGAUACCAAAACAAAAAUUGGCAAAUAGUAUAUAGGGUUUUAUUGAUUGUUGUUAUUUGAGACAGGAUCUCUGUAGCCUAAGUUGGCCUCAAAUUUUUGAUCCUGCCUCAGCCUCCCAAGUGUUAGGAUUAUAUGUGUGCAUUACUGUGCCUGGUUGCAGAUGUUAGCUCUGCCAAGUUAGUUGGACUGAAAUGGAGGAAGGGAGGUUGUCUGUGUGUGCAGGUUAAACUGAUUAUCUGGCUAGGGUCUUCUUUUUCAUAGUUUAAAUAUCUUUCAGUCGUGUCAUAUUUAGCAGGCCUAUCCUUGAGCCAGUAGAAUUGUUUCUACAUCACUGCUGACACAAAACUGACCUGUCAGGCAAGAUGUGCCUUUAAUACAAUAGUGGCAUGAAUGUUAUGGUGGCAACCAACCACUUUAUGAUUGGAUUUGAAGCCUCUUCUAUAUCGUGUUGUGAACCUGGUCAGAAGCCCAUGGCCAGAAAGGUCUUAGGCUCCAAGAGAAAACCUACUAGUGUUUUGCAAGAUGGACAUGUUAUCACACUGUCUUUUAAUUAUUUAUGUUUAAAAUUAGGGCUGCUCUCAACCUUGGUCAGA